CUUCUUCAGCAAGAGCUAAAAAAAGACAAGCCUCACCCUCAGUCAAGUCAAAGCCAAGUCAAAGCCAAGUCAAGUUCAUCCCGCUCAUCAAUUUUCCAGUUGACAAGAUGCUUGGUUCAUCCAUCUUCGUUGCCCUCGCGGCUGCCGCCGGGGCCAUCGCCUCCCCUCUCGAACUCAUCACCCGGUCGACCCCCGCCGGCACGGGCACCAACAACGGCUUCUUCUACUCGUUCUGGACCGACGGCGCCGGCCAGGUGACGUACAACAACGGGCCCGGCGGCUCGUACGACGUGACGUGGUCGAACGUGGGCAACUUCGUGGCCGGCAAGGGGUGGAACCCCGGCGCGACCCGCGUCGUCACGUACAACGGCACGUGGAACGGCGCCAACGUCAACAGCUACCUGUCCGUGUACGGGUGGACGCGAAACCCGCUGAUCGAGUACUACAUCGUGGAGUCGUUCGGGACGUACAACCCGUCCAGCGGCGCGACCAAGCUAGGCUCGGUCGAGAGCGACGGCAGCGUGUACGACGUGUACCGCACCCAGCGCGUCAACCAGCCCUCCAUCGACGGCACCUCCACCUUCUACCAGUUCUGGUCCGUGCGCCAGCAGAAGCGCGUCGGCGGCUCCGUCACCAUCAAGAACCACUUCGACGCCUGGGAGAAGGCCGGGCUCAAGCUCGGACAGCACAACUACCAGAUCCUCGCUACCGAGGGCUACCAGAGCAGCGGUUCUGCCGCCAUCAACGUCCAGCAGUCCUAGGGGAUGCCGCUGCUCGCCUUCUUGCGGUCGGCGCGUGUGUUGAUCGGGUAGCAAAAAAAAAAAAAAAAAAGGAGGAAAUGAAGGGAUAUAUAUAGCUUCGCGGAUCCGCAUGGGCUUGCUUGCCUUUCUCGUAUGAUGCUAGGUUAGGUACCUGUCGAUAUCGUAUCCUAUCGUUAAGUUCGGAUGUAUAUUCUUUUCUUGGUAUUCCGGCUUUUGCAGCUGGGAAAUCUGAGUUAUGACCGAUAAUUCCGUCUUCGUGCGAGCAUAAAGUGACUCUCGUGCCAAUAAGAGCGAACCGUUUAAUCCAGCUUGACGGCAUGGCCCCGAGAUUGAGUGGAUAUAUUGGAACUUAGCCGUAUUCUCCCGUGCU